UAUUGAGGGUGAUACGUGGAAAAGUGUACGAUGUCCCGUAAAUGGUAUUCGUCGAAGAGACAGAAGAAAGUGUAGAGUUCGAGCCUGUAUUAAUUAGAUAUUCGGUUUCUCGGUUUUGUCCAUUGGGAGUAAUCUUGAGAGUGUACGGUGGAUCUAUGAUGAUCAUGUAUACAGUUGCUGAAGAUCACAUGGGUGAUAUUGAGAUUGCACAGGUGAUAGCUUUUAUAUGUGGGAUAAUAGUAAUAUUAUUGAUGAUCAUGGGUCUAGCUUCUACUGACUGGUUAAUGUCAUUAGGAUGGAGACAAGGUUUAUUUGCACAUUGCAUUGAAGAAGCAGCACCAACACCUUUGCCAUUUAAUGUACCAGAUUCUGCAGGAUGUUUUCAAGCUAGAGAUGUUGCCUAUAUAAAAGCAGCUGCUGCUUUAUGUGUAGUAUGUUUAAUAACAGAUAUUGCAGCAACGAUACUUACUGGUCUUGGUUUAAGAUCACAAGAUAAUCGUGACAAGCAUAAAUAUUAUAGAUUUGCAGUCUUCUGUAUGGGUUUUGCAUUGGUAUCACUCUUAAUAGCAUUAGUAAUAUAUCCAGUGUGUUUUGCUGCAGAACUUAAUUUUGGAAACAGGCCAAUGUGGGAAUUUGGUUGGGCAUAUGGAGUUGGUUGGGGUGCAGCUAUAUUUUUGUUUGGUGGAGCAGUGUUGUUACUGUGUGAUAAAGAAAGUGAAGAAAUUUAUUACAAAGAAAGAAAGAUUGUACGCGAUGAUAUUGGCGGUGGCGGUUCUAUGAUUGGUAUGGGACAUCAUGGUGGACGAAGUGGGACGCAAUUAGCCUAGUGGCAUUGCUCCCUGCCCGACGUUGUUCUCUAGGUGAUUAAUUUCUUCUUUUUCUGUCCUCAUCAUUUGAUACAUUUGUGGAGAAAAACGUACACAUGUAUAAGAGUGAAUGGUUUUUAUAUAUAAUCUACUUGUUACA